UUGGUCAUACAAGAGGGUCUUCUGUGUCGCGAGUGUGACACGCCGCUUGACAGUGACAAACACUUCCUCGGUCGCACGUCGCGCAGCAAGUGUCCAUAUGCUACAUCAUGUUACCGAGCGAUGUUGAGACACAGUGGAUAUUGCGCCGGCUCACUUUCACUGGAGGCCGCUCCUAGACCCGCUCCCACGCUAUACUGCAUCUGCGAAUACUCUACAGACAUAAGCACGGACAUUCUAUCGCAUCUCCUCGUGACACAACACACAAACGCGUACUUAACUGAGGAACUAGCACGGGCCAACACCGUCAGGGAAGAACCAAAACCUGCUGAUGAAGUAGAGCCUAUGAUUCCAGUGUACGCUGAAGGCUGUGAGCUGACGGCCAACGUGCUCUUCUACAUGGAUCAUCUCAAACAACACCAGGACAAGGAGCUGGAGAUUAAAUGUACGAGAUGUGUGCUGAGAUUCGUACGUCUCGGUGAAUAA